GUGUCAUCUCAAAAUGUCAAACACUUUUAUGUUUGGAAAGUGUUAACGUUAUUGAUAUUGUACUUUUAUAUUUUGUAUGAGGCCAAGAUAUAGAAUUAUUGGUCAUUUGCUUAUAAAGAAAUUGUCGUUUCAUUCGGUUUAAAUGUUAUUGUAUCCUAAUUUUUAGUUUUUACAAGGUUACUAUUUGCAGUCCUCGAGACUUCCUCAUGUUGACAAUGAAAGACAUGGCUUUGAAGAUGGCUAAUAACGAAACUCAAUCUAGAAGUCAAAUAGAAGAAUAUUGGUCCGAACAUUUUCUAUCUAAAUUUGGAUUGGAAUAUAUUAAAUACGAUAUUUUAAUUAAAAAACGGGAAUGUAAAAACAAGGAUAUACUUAAGGACAGGGCAAUACAAAAAAUUGCCCAAGUGUUACGUAUUGAAGCAAAUGAAAACAAUAUAAUGAACAUGUGCAUUAAAUUCCGACAAGAGAUUCUACUUUUGUUGAGAUGUGUGGUGAGGCAAUGUUUCUUGAUCGGAUGGGAUAUGAAGGAGAAAUGGCAGAUGGAUUUUGCCCUACUGCUGAUGCCACCGUGGCUGCGCACUGUGGAAAUGGAACUUGUGAUGUUGCCGCAGGCUGUUUUGAUGGAGUGCGUGGCGGUGACGGCGGAGACGGCGGUCACCACCAGGUUCAAAGUGCUGCUGGAGGAGGGCGGCUCUGUCGUGUUCCCGCGAUGGGACACCUUUGAUGCUGGGGACUUCAAAAAAGUCUCCGCGUAUUAUAACAUCAGCAGAACUGAAGCUCGGGAUGUUUGGAGUGGCAUGUGCUCGAAGUCAAGGCAGCGCAUCAUGCAGGAGGUGCAGUGCCGGGAGGGCAGCCGUGAGGUCAACUUUGAGGUGACAGACCUCCUGCUGCUGCAUGACCUCACCUUCAGGCUUGUCACACCGGAAAGUUUGUCAAAACCGAAGCAACUACAAAAAUUAACAACAUUGUAUCAAUGUGUACUGAAGAGGAAUGUGGAGAAUGUACUGAGGAAUGAACGUCCCCGGCUGCUGGAGGUGUGGAUGCAGGUCCUGGCUGAGUAUCCUUUCAGCAUGGGGUUCUCAUCAGUGGUAUACAUCCAGCGGCAGUGGUACGAGCUGAAGCAGUUGGCGCGCAGCGAGGUGCUGGCCUUCCACCUGCAGCAGCCUCGCCCUCACCACCACCCCCACCCCCUGCUGCUCUCCAUCGUCGCCAAUUUCAGACAUAUCGUUCAAGAACCAUUACCAAAAUGGAGUGAAUUCGUUACAUCCAAGAUGGUUGUAAAAUUCAAGGAUAUUACUAAGACGUUGUCUAAGAAAGUUCUGGAAGGAUGGAUGGAUGAAUUAAUCAAAGCUACAGAGCAAUCAGGAAUACAAAAUAAAUCCUUACAAAAACAUAUUUGUAUCGUACAACCUUUAAAUAGUAAUAAAAAUAUAAUUAAAAUAAAUAAAGAAACGCAGACAAAUACUAUAGAAAGUAACAAGUUAAUGGAAAAUACAAGUAAUGAAAAUAACAUAAUAAAUCAAAAUAUAAAAGAUAAAGAAUCUGAAAAUCUUAAUAAAUCCGAUUUAAAUAUAGAUAAUAUGAAUGAAUGUGUUGCCAGUAUACAUUCCAGUGUUGCCAACAAGAUAAAUGUUGAAGGAAAUAUAGAUUUCAAUGUAUUCAAUAAUAUUGACCCAACUAAAGCGAAAAAAUGCUUUAUAUUCGACAGUGAUUCGGAUUCUGAAACCCUCAGCGCAAUAUCACUGAAUGAAACUGACAGACAAACUUUUCAAACGGAAUUAAAUUCAGACAUGUCACAAACUUCUGAAGACUCUAAAGUACUUGAUUGGUUCAAAGAAAAUGGUGAAAAAUCGAAGCAAAUUAAAGAAAAUUUACAAUCGAAAAUAGAUCCUAAAUUAAGGAAAGAGAUAACAAUACCAUUAAUCAGAUGCGAUGAAAUUCCCGCUUGGAAAAAAUAUUACAAAAACAAUACUAUAAAUAUAAACAAUAUAAAAAAUGAAUUGUGUUCUUUAAAAUGUAAAAAUAAAAAAAUAAACACAACAAAAAUAUUAAAAAGACAAACAAGGAGUAAUAAUUCUAUUUAUUAUGAUUUAAAUAUAAAUUGUGAAGGUUUAUCUGAGAAUUUUCUAAGAAAUAAUAAAAAUAAAUUAUUAUUUAAAUUAUGCAAACGAUUGUCAGUAAAUUUACAGCGAUUUACGCACAAACAGAGGACAUUGUGCAGGAGAAGAAAGAAAAUACAAUUAACAGAUAUAGAAGAAGUCAGGAAAAUAAAUAGUACUAUCCUGACGGCAGAAGUAGCUCCUGUCUCCAUUACCAAAUGUGAUCCACCAUCUGAAGGGGAUUUUGGUAUUUUAAGUGACGAGUCAAUGAUAGAAGUAACAAAUGAUAAUGUUAUCGAUGCUUUAGAACUUGAUGAACUCUUCAACAAACUGCCGGUACCAUCUUUGACUUCUAUAAAUCUAGACAAACCAACGGAAACGACGAAUAUUGCGACAGGUCAUGAUAAUAUUAAUUCUGAACAAAAUAAAACAAACACAAAAGAAGAGAAUUACGAAGAUCUUAACAAAAAAAUUUUAUACAUCAUUAUGAACGGUCCUGUAAAGACCAAACAAAAUCCCUAA